UAUAAUGAAUGAUAUGAUAUCGGCAGUUGAUUAGCCAAUUUACAAUGAAGAUAGUCUAAUAUACCCAAUUUACAAUAUACUCGUAAUUUUUUAGAUUAAAAAAUACGGAUAGAAAACAAAAAUGGCGGCAUUUCAAUCUUCCCUGGUUCCCCUUUCUUCUUCUACCACAUUCAUAACGACCUCGUUGGCUCCACCCAAAACCUCAAACUUCGCCACCAUAAACGACCAGCUGGGCUGUUUUAUCCAGUGUCCUCAUCAGUCAAAAUCUCCAUGUUUAUCGUUCCAUCAUGUUCGAGCAGUAGUUGAUGAGAAAUACGUUUAUCCUGACCCCAUUCCAGAGUUUGCUGUUUACGUGACAAAUAAGUUCAGAGAAGAGUUAAAGAGGAGACUGUACAAGCAGGAUAGGGAAACAUUCGGAAAUGAUUUUGAUAGAGUUGUUGAAACAUGCACCCAGUUAUUCAGUGAGUUUGUACACAAAGAGUAUGGAGGGCCGGGGACGUUGGUAGUGGAGCCGUUCACAAACAUGUUAAUCGAACUCAAGCAAAGGAAGUUGCCCGGGGCCAACUUGGCAGCACGGGCAUCACUAUUAUGGGCUCAGAACUACCUCGAUGACGAAUGGCAAAGUUGGAAUGACAAACACAUGUGAAAGCUAUUUUUAGUUUUACAUAUUCAUGUCACUGAACUAUUGAAGAUCAUAAAAAAGAGGCAACUUUGUUGUCCACUCUAAUAUAUAUUUCUUCAAAAUUAAUACAUA